CGCUCGGCGGCUCAUUCCGCGGCCGCCGCCAGCCGAGGGGAGCGUCGCGAGCAGAUGCCGCGGGGGCCGCUCGCAGCCGCCGCCGACUUGUGAAUGGGACCCGGGCUGGGGCCGGGGUUGCCACCGCCGCCGCGCUCGCCCAGCUGCAGGGACCGACGGCUGGGAGCCCGCGCCACCCUCCAGGGCCCCAGAAUUUGCUGUCUUUUCUGCGUUGUGGCCCUGUGACGCUCUUGCUGUUAUUGUUGACCGUCAAUCAGAUGGGUGGAGUGUGUUACAGAAAUUGGCAGCAAGUGUCCAAUGGGUGAGAAGAAGCCGAGUGGGGAAACGGGCAGCCCGGACGUGAUGUGCUCAGCCAGGAGAGAAGGUGCACGCCAAGAGAGGUCUGCGUGACGCGUCGGGAGGCCACCGAUCCGACAGGCGGCGCCCCCCGUAGGGUGGAAGGGGUGACAGCUGCCUUCUCUCUCUCUCCUGUGCCUACCACGUAACCAAAAAAUGAAGGAGAACUAUUGUUUACAAGCCGCCCUGGUGUGUCUGGGCGUGCUGUGCCACAGCCAGGCCUUCACCACGGAGCGGCGGAGCCACCUGCGACCCUCGUUCCACGGGCACCAUGAGAAGGGCAAGGAAGGGCAGGUGCUGCAGCGCUCCAAGAGAGGCUGGGUCUGGAACCAGUUCUUUGUCAUCGAGGAGUACACCGGGCCCGACCCAGUGCUGGUGGGCAGGCUUCAUUCUGACAUCGACUCUGGUGAUGGGAACAUUAAAUACAUUCUCUCAGGUGAAGGAGCUGGAACCAUUUUUGUGAUUGACGACAAAUCAGGGAACAUCCAUGCCACCAAGACAUUGGACCGAGAGGAGAGAGCCCAGUACACGCUGAUGGCUCAGGCAGUGGACAGGGACACCAACAGGCCACUAGAGCCACCAUCAGAAUUCAUCGUCAAGGUCCAGGACAUUAAUGACAACCCUCCUGAGUUCCUGCAUGAGACAUAUCAUGCCAACGUGCCAGAGAGGUCUAACGUGGGGACGUCAGUGAUCCAGGUGACGGCAUCAGACGCAGAUGAUCCCACCUAUGGGAACAGCGCCAAGUUAGUAUACAGCAUCCUGGAAGGACAGCCUUACUUCUCAGUAGAAGCACAGACAGGCAUCAUCAGAACUGCCCUUCCCAACAUGGACAGGGAAGCCAAGGAGGAGUACCACGUAGUGAUCCAGGCCAAGGACAUGGGUGGACACAUGGGUGGACUCUCAGGGACAACCAAAGUGACGAUCACACUGACUGAUGUCAAUGACAACCCACCAAAGUUUCCACAGAGCGUAUACCAGAUGUCUGUGUCAGAAGCAGCUGUCCCUGGGGAGGAAGUAGGAAGAGUGAAGGCGAAAGACCCAGACAUUGGAGAGAAUGGCUUAGUCUCAUACAAUAUAGUUGAUGGAGACGGCAUGGAAUUGUUUGAAAUCACAACAGACUAUGAAACCCAGGAAGGUGUGGUGAAGUUGAAAAAGCCCGUAGACUUUGAAACCAAACGAGCGUACAGCUUGAAGGUUGAGGCAGCCAAUGUGCACAUCGACCCGAAGUUCAUCAGCAAUGGACCUUUCAAGGACACCGUCACAGUCAAGAUUGCAGUCGAAGAUGCUGAUGAGCCCCCCAUGUUCUUGGCCCCAAGUUACAUCCAUGAAGUCCAAGAAAAUGCAGCUGCUGGCACUGUGGUUGGAAGAGUGCAUGCCAAAGAUCCCGAUGCUGCCAACAGCCCAAUAAGGUAUUCCAUCGAUCGUCAUACUGACCUCGAUAGGUUUUUCACGAUUAAUCCAGAGGAUGGUUUUAUUAAAACGACGAAACCUCUGGAUAGAGAGGAAACAGCUUGGCUGAACAUCUCUGUGUUUGCAGCAGAAAUCCACAAUCGGCAUCAGGAAGCCAAGGUCCCAGUGGCCAUUAGGGUACUUGAUGUCAAUGAUAAUGCACCCAAGUUUGCCGCCCCUUAUGAAGGUUUCAUCUGUGAGAGUGAUCAGACCAAGCCACUUUCUAACCAGCCAAUUGUUACAAUUAGUGCAGAUGACAAGGAUGACACGGCCAAUGGACCAAGAUUUAUCUUCAGUCUACCCCCUGAAAUCAUUCACAAUCCAAAUUUCACAGUCAGAGACAACAGAGAUAACACUGCGGGGGUGUACGCCCGGCGAGGAGGAUUCAGCCGGCAGAAGCAGGAUUUGUACCUGCUGCCCAUCGUCAUCAGUGACGGGGGAAUCCCACCCAUGAGCAGCACCAACACCCUCACCAUUAAGGUCUGCGGGUGCGACGUGAACGGGGUGCUGCUGUCCUGCAAUGCAGAGGCCUACAUCCUGAACGCCGGCCUGAGCACAGGGGCGCUGAUCGCCAUCCUCGCCUGCAUCGUCAUUCUCUUGGUCAUCGUGGUAUUGUUCGUGACCCUCAGAAGGCAAAAGAAAGAACCGCUGAUCGUCUUUGAGGAGGAAGAUGUGCGUGAGAACAUCAUCACCUACGAUGAUGAAGGGGGUGGGGAGGAAGACACGGAAGCCUUUGACAUCGCCACCCUGCAGAACCCUGACGGCAUCAAUGGAUUUAUUCCUCGCAAAGACAUCAAACCCGAGUACCAGUACAUGCCCAGACCUGGGCUGCGGCCAGCACCCAACAGUGUGGAUGUGGACGACUUCAUCAAUACGAGAAUACAGGAGGCGGAUAAUGACCCCACAGCGCCCCCUUACGAUUCCAUCCAAAUCUAUGGUUACGAAGGCCGGGGCUCCGUGGCCGGGUCCCUGAGCUCCUUAGAGUCGGCCACCACGGAUUCAGACUUGGACUAUGACUACCUACAGAACUGGGGGCCUCGUUUUAAGAAACUUGCAGACUUGUACGGUUCCAAAGACACUUUUGAUGACGACUCUUAACAAUAACGAUACAAAUUUGGCCUUAAGAACUGUGUUCUGGCGUGCUGAAGAAUCUAGAAGAUAGGUAAACAGGUAUUUUUUUAAAUCAAGGAGAGGCUCGUUUAAAGUAAGCUAAGUUUUACAGAGAGGAUACAUUUAAUAAAACUGCAAGGACAUCAAAGUGGUAAAUACUGUGAAGUACCUUUUCUCACACACAAAAAAGGCAAAUACUGAAGUUGUUUAUCAACUUCGGUAGAGAAAAAAACCACUCGGCAUACAAGAUAUUUCAGUGAAGGAGAAGGCUCACGGUGAACUUACAAUGAAGGGAAAUUGUUUAUGUGUUAUGAACAUCAAGUCUUUUUUUUAAUUUCUUCUUCUUUUUUAUUUGUCAAAGAAGCUUCCACAAAAUUAGAAAGGACAACAGUUCUGAGCUGUAAUUUCGCCUUAAACUAUGGACACUCUAUAUGUAGUGCAUUUUUAAACUUGAAAUAUAUACUAUUCAGCCAGCUUAAACCCAUACAAUGUAUGUACAAUACAAUGUACAAUUAUGUCUCUUGAGCAUCAAUCUUGUUACUGCUGAUUCUUGUAAAUCUUUUUGCUUCUACUUUCAUCUUAAACUAAUACGUGCCAGAUAUAACUGUCUUGUUUCAGUGAGAGGCGCCCUAUUUCUAUGUCAUUUUUAAUGUAUCUAUUUGUACAAUUUUAAAGUUCUUAUUUUAGUAUACAUACAAAUAUCAGUAUUCUGACAUGUAAGAAAUGUUACGGCAUCACACUUAUAUUUUAUGAACAUUGUACUGUUGCUUUAAUAUGAGCUUCAAUAUAUGAAGCAAUCUUUGAAAUAAAAAAAAAGAUUCUUUUUUAAUUCUGGGUUUGAUUCUUAACAUUGAAAAGAAUUACGUAUUUCUAAUGACCCAUUUAUAUUUCUAAUUUAAAAUAAUUGUUAUCUUUUAAUAACACUAUUUAUGAUCUGUUCUGUCUGCUGCUUUUAUUAUUGUUUAUUUAAAAUCAAAUAUAUUCUAAAUUUUUUUUUUUUGCAGACAAGAUUCUGUAACAUCCUGUUAAACCUUUUUUGUAUAUUCUCGGUGUUAGCUUCUUGACUUCUCUUCACAUACAUCUGAAAAUGAAGGCUGCAAAAGAUCUAGGUCAGUCAAUGAUUUGGCAAUAUGUGUUAUAUAAUACUCAUUUAUCUUGUAUACCAACAAGUUGGUGGUUAUGAAACAGAUCUAUGAGACUGAAACUGUCAGAACUCAAAGGUUCAAGAUGUUGAUAUUAUGCCUCCUACCGAGCAUUUGGGGGAGCAAGCUGUCAAACGUAUAAAUUAGCCACAUGUGGCUAUCAGAGCUCCCCUGUUCUAUUUUCCCUACCCCCUGAUCUUGCCAGACUAUCAUGACUCUGACUACUUGGUUGGGUUCUUUUAUUUCCUACUGUACUUUUAACUCCUCUUAAAAUAAUAUGACUUUUUAAGGAAAAGUGAAUUCAUUUCCAAAUCCGUGUUUUGAAAGAUGCCUUGGGCCAUAAGCUUAGAACUAAGGCAGGGACCAUGGUGGAUUUGGAGGGUCAAAGUGCUUUGAUCCGUGAGUAAGCCUCCUAUGUCUUUGCAGUCCCGACUAGCUGCCCGGGGACUGGGACAUCCGGGAAGGUCAUUUCACCUGCUCUGUUGGACCAAAGGUCAAAAUGUAGCAAUACUCGGGGAAAGACCACACAAAAUCAUGCUGCAAGUGUCCGUCGCCCUCUUUCCCCUCAACACAGGGCACAUGCUUCCUCCUGGCUUGCAGAGAAUUGUUAAGUUGUCUUUUAUUUUUACUUGAUUGUGAACUUUGUUUAAAACAUUUCUGGAUAUUCUGCUCCAGACUAUUUUUAUGACUCAGUCAAAAUGCAUACAAAGAGAAAUGUUUUUAUGAAGUGCUCACUUCCAUUUCACUUUGCAUUUAAAAUCAAAUUGUCUGAACACUUCAAUGGAAUAAAUUCUGUGGACAAUGUCACUUUGGAAUCUUUCAUUUCAGUGAAGGAUUGUACAUGCUCAAUACUUCCAUAAUUGCAGGUUUGGUUCAUUUUUAUAUAGUUUUUGUAAUCCAAAGAAUAUUUUGCUAGAUUUGCACAGAUCUCCAAUUGAAUUUGAAAUGAAGAAGUAACUCAAAAGGAAUAUGAUUAGCACUUAAACAAGCAUACAGCUGUAAGUAACCCCAUCAGCUUGGAUAAUCCUUUUUUCUAGGAAUGUAUUUGGAUUAAAUUUGACAACAUUUCACGUUUUUAUGUUAAAAGUUUUUUUUUAAAAAAACUGUCUACUUUUCAAUAGUUAAAAAUACUUGUUUUUUUUCUUCCUUUUUAUCUUCUCUCUCGCUCUCUCUCUUUUUUUUAAACUUUAAGCCUCUAUUGUUUGUAGAACCUCUUAGAAGCCUGGAAAUAAAAUGUCUUUCCCCA